UGUGCGAAUAAAUUCCUUGAUCCCAAAGAGACUAGGUUGAAGGCGAGGUGCUGCUACUUGACAGUGUCAGGGGAACUGUGCUUGGAGAGUUUUUGCAAUCCUGAGGGAAAGGUUUUUUUUCAAAAUAGCCAGCUCUUCAAGCCACACAGAGAAACUGAGGGAAAAAAGGCCUGCCCUGUAGACGCAGACAGACCUCAGUCUUGUGGAAACCAAGGAUGUGUUGGAAGAUGGUGCUGCUGCUCUUGUUGUAUUACAAUGCACAUGCCACUGUGCCCCCUAGGUGGAACCGAGCAACACUUUUUCCAUCUGCUCAACGAGUGAAGAGGUCCUCAGCAGCUCUUCUCAAUCCAGUGCUUCAGAAGUCUCAGGAUGAUGUGGAUCUUCUGUUUGAGUUUCUCCUAGGUGAGCUGGAAAUCAGUGAUGAUCUCAAGAUCUCUGUCAAAGAUGAAGAACUGGCUUCCAUGAGGAAGGCAAUGGCAUUUGAUACUCUGUGCAAUGAUGUCAUCCCCAAAAGCAUCACAGAUAUUCGCAGGCUCAGUGCCAGGUUGUCAGGCUACCCUGGACUGCUUAAGAAAGAAGAUUUUGAAAGAACAGUGUUGACCAUGGUCUACGCUGCAUACAGGACAGCUAAAUCCCAAGGACACCAGAAGGACACAUGGGCCAAAUCCUUUGUGAAUCUCUACAAAGCCCUGAAACAUGACUUGAUGUUCUCAUCCAGCCAAAUGCCAUCAUCUGAAAGGACUUUAUAGACCAGAACUUCAAUUUGAUCAGAAAUACAUCUGCCUCUUUGCUUGGUAUUAGAAAGAAAAUGUUUAGGGCUGCAGACAUGGAAAGAUUCUUUAUUCUCCAGCUCCUCCUAGAGGAGGCCUGUUGUAAAAUCAUCUCCAUCUCCAUCUAAAAGUCUUGGUUUUGUUGAUUUUGUUGGUUUUAGAGAUUAUUCCAAAAUUUUCAUUGUCUGAAUUUCUCCCUGAAGUAAUUCCAGGAUCUAGGAAUACCCAAUUAUUACCCAGUUCCCUGGUCUUGUUUCUGAACAAAAAGCAUGUCCACUGUUUUAUUUUUAUUUUGUUUUGUUUAAUUUCUAAUUAUUAUAUGGAUCAUGUUUCAUUUGCUUUUUACCACAGGAGAGAGAGAAGCAAGUUCUUGAAAGGUUUGUUCAGAUUAAUUUGGUAGUGAACUGAGUUUUCAUGGUUGCUCAAGUGGUAAGAAUACUUGCAACAUUUAAAAGAAAGUUUAAUAUUAAGGUUUGGAAAAAUGCCUCCACUCAUACCCACUAGUCAACUGUCUUAGAAUAUAAUAGUCCUCCAUAUCAGCCCUGUGAUCCACAAAACACACUUCCACUUCCUAAGAUCAGCUAAGGAAUCUUGAUGCCUGAGGCAAAGGAAAAUCUCUCUCUCUCUCUCUCUCUCUCUCUCUCUCUCUCUCUCUCUCAUUCACACACACACACUUAUAAACACACACCUCCACAUACAGAAGGCAACCAGAGUAAUAUAUAGUGCAUCUGUACUGUAGCAAUAAUGUAACUUGACACCACUUUAACUGCCAUACAGGUUCCAUCCUAUAGAAUCCUGGGAUUUGUCGUUCUAUGAGGCACCAGCACUCUUUGGCAGAGAAGGCUAAAUUAGCACUCUUGGGCUAAAGACCUUGUAAAACUAAAAAUCUCAGGAUUCCAUAGAAUUGAGCUACAACACUUAAAGUGGUGUCAGGCUGUAUUAUUUCUACAACGUAGAUGCACCCAUUGUUCCAUCCUACUUUAACACUGCUGAUAGGACAGCAUCCUAGACCACAUCGUAGGACAACAAGUCAACAAUUGGGAUUAAUAGCAGUCUAUGUAGCAUCCACAACUUGGUCCUCUUUCACCCUACUGUUCUACUACCAAUUUUCCUAGUGGUCAGGCCAUCCCUUUCCUUUCCCUUCCCUUCUCUCUCAAGCAACAGUGACAGGAGUAGCAGGGGUGGGUAUGUGAUAAAAGGAGAGAAUGAAGGGUUGUCUCUGCCCUACCUCUCUUCCUUCUUGCCCUGAAAUGCUGGGUAGCCAAAUACCAAGGUGGAAAGCCAGCUUGAAAAAAGCAGUUAUCUUGAAGACCACUGUAGCUGUUUGAUGGUAAUCUGGGUGCUUCAGGAACAUUUUGUGAUUAAGCCACUAUUAAUUGAUCUCCCUCUCUAGUUCAAUAUGUUUGUUUCCAGUGUGCUUGAACAUUUAUUCUAAGAGGAGGAAGGAUAAAAUGCUAGAUGGCUUUCUAUGGGAAUAAAAUGAAGAAGAGAAUGUACUGUAAAGCUGUUUAUCCCAAGGAAUAAAUGACUGUCGCUUACAACAA